AUGGCUUCUCGCGAAGGUCCUGUCAAUACAUUCGGCUGUGCCUGCCGCGUGGAUGAAAGCAAUACCCUGAUAGACAAUUCAGAAGCGGGAGAAGUGGUUCGUAAUAACUCACAAUGGCAUCCUGGAUUCUCAGCUUUGGGCUCGGUGCCGGGAAUGCUACCUGUUGGAACGGUACCUCCUGCCAUCCAAACCGCAGUGCAAGGUGCAGCGGUCACAAUUGCAGACCAAGAUCUUGAGAGUGAAGAUGAAGCUGGAGAUGAAGCGGACGAGGAGAUGGACGAAACUGAUAACAUCGAUGACGCUUUCGACGAAGAUGCUCUUGAUGAGGGUGAAGAGGCCAAUGUUACGACAUUCGGGGCAAUUUCUCCCAGUCUGUUGGUUCAUACACUAGAAGCUGCAGAAGUUGAGCAAUUACUCUCGGAUGGAAAUUCCAUGUUGGAAGAUGAAGACUCGGAUCUUCCGGACCUGGAAGAGAUACCUGCGGCAGACCAGACCGAUCAACAGACGACCGAAGCGGCCGGAGAAGACUUGAAGACUCCAUCUCCAAGGUUCAAGAAAGACAUAGAUCGGUUUCCGGACACCACACACACUAAGACCUGCCCGAGCUUCAUCGAUCUACCUUUCAACCUACUCCAAACGGAUGAAAGAGAUAUCCACCUUUUUCGAGACAUCCGUUUCGAUGCUGACCUGAAAAGACGCCCGCCAGACUCAUCCCACAGCCAAGUGCUCUGCCAACAAGCAUUGAAUCAAAGGAUGCCACCAGGCUUCAAUUACCUAACUCAAAUGGAACGUCUCAACAUGAUCGCGCAAAUCCCAGAAUUGGGUGUCGUUGUAAUUGGAAACCAAGUAGGCCGCGUGGGCAUCUUGACAAUGACAAGAUGGGAGGCUCAAAAGCAAUCAGGGUACAAGAUCGAGUGUAUCCUCCCUUUCAACUCUGAAGAAGGCAAGGGGCUGAGACCAAGGAAGCCGUUGAUGGGUAUGGCCGUUGGUCCCAUCCAGGGACAUGAAACAGCUCUGCCGCAAGUCAGUCCGAGGAUAGGAGCGCAAUAUCCAAGAAGGUUUCGACUGCUGAUGAUGUAUUGCGAUCAUACAAUCUUGAGCUACGAGAUUUCUCGUCCGAACGAGGAAGGGGACGUAGUUGUGGUAUGA